UCAGACAGCUCACUGGAUGGUGUUGCCCGUUCCCCUCUUGGCUUCCCAAAUCGGCACGUUUCCUCACUCGACAAAGAACAUUUUUCCCCCUUCUUUCCUUUCUUCCUUCAAGAUUGCUGUAAGGAAGCCCCGACGAGACCCCCUGCCCGUCUGCAGACCAGGUCCAGCGGUGUGAGGCGACCCGAGCCGUCCCGGUAAGUGCGCAGAGAUGCCGGAUGCUGCUGCUCACCUGCCUUUUUACUACGGCAGCAUCGCCAGGUCGGAGGCGGAGGAGUACCUGAAGCUGGCGGGGAUGUCGGACGGGCUGUUCCUGCUGCGGCAGUGCCUGCGCAGCCUGGGGGGGUACGUCCUCUCCAUGGUCUGCAACCUGCAGUUCUACCACUACGCCAUCGAGCGCCAGAUGAAUGGCACCUACGCCAUCGCGGGGGGCAAAGCCCACUGCGGGCCGGAGGAGCUCUGCGAGUUUUACUCCAAGGAUGCUGACGGGCUCUGCUGCACCCUCCGCAAACCCUGCAACCGCCCCAGCGGCGUGGAGCCCCAGCCCGGCGUCUUCGACAACAUGAGGGACAACAUGGUGCGCGAAUACGUCCGGCAGACCUGGAAACUGGAGGGUGACGCACUUGAACAGGCCAUCAUAAGCCAGGCUCCACAGGUGGAGAAGCUCAUUGCCACCACGGCCCACGAGAGGAUGCCCUGGUACCAUGGCAACAUCACCCGGGAUGAAGCUGAACGGAGGCUCUACUCAGGGGCACAACCCGAUGGCAAAUUCCUGCUGAGAGAAAGGAAGGAGAAUGGUGCCUAUGCCCUCUCCCUUGUCUAUGGCAAAACAGUCUAUCACUAUCGGAUCGACCAGGACAAGUCUGGCAAGUACUCCAUCCCCGAGGGGACCAAGUUCGACACGCUCUGGCAGUUGGUGGAGUACCUAAAACUCAAACCGGAUGGGCUGAUUUUCUACCUGAGGGAAACCUGCUCCAACCCCAACAUGCCAGCGUCUGCAGCACCGGUUCCACCAACACACCCCUCCGUGAGCAGAAACCUUGGCCCUCUCAAUGCAGACGGAUACACACCUGAGCCUGUAGGUGCAGGAAAGUCACGCCUGCUCCCCAUGGACACCAGUGUCUACGAGAGCCCAUACAGUGACCCCGAAGAACUGAAGGAUAAGAAGCUUUUCCUGAAGAGGGACCACCUGAUGAUUGAUGAAAUGGAACUGGGGGCAGGAAACUUUGGCUGCGUCAAGAAAGGAGUCUACAAAAUGAGAAAGAAGCAGAUUGAUGUGGCCAUAAAGGUGCUGAAGAGCAACAAUGAGAAAACAGUCAAGGAUGAAAUGAUGAAGGAAGCCCAGAUCAUGCACCAGCUGGACAACCCCUACAUUGUCCGCAUGAUUGGGGUCUGCGAGGCAGAGUCCCUGAUGCUCGUGAUGGAGAUGGCUUCUGGAGGGCCACUCAACAAGUUCUUGGCUUCCAAGAAAGACGAGAUUACAGGCAGCAAUAUUGUGGAGCUGAUGCACCAAGUAUCCAUGGGGAUGAAGUACUUGGAGGAAAAGAACUUUGUCCACAGGGACCUGGCAGCCAGAAAUGUCCUGCUGGUCAACCAGCACUAUGCCAAGAUCAGUGACUUUGGACUCUCCAAGGCUCUGGGUGCUGAUGACAGCUACUACAAGGCCAGGACAGCAGGAAAGUGGCCUCUGAAGUGGUAUGCCCCCGAGUGCAUCCUCUAUCACAAAUUCUCCAGCAAGAGCGACGUAUGGAGCUACGGUGUGACCAUGUGGGAGGCCUUCAGCUACGGGCAGAAACCCUACAAGAAAAUGAAAGGCCCAGAGGUCAUCAGCUUCAUAGAGCAAGGGAAGCGCAUGGAGUGCCCCACGGACUGCCCCCCGGAGAUGUACGCCCUCAUGCAGCAGUGCUGGACCUACAAAUGGGAAGAACGUCCAGGAUUUUCUUCUGUGGAAAACAUAAUCCGCACCUACUACUACAGCAUCGCUACCAAGACAGAGAACGGGCCAGGGACAGCGGACAACCCAAAAGCAAUUCUUCCCUGAGUUUCCCUCUCUAUUCCUUAACACACACCCUUCUUGCACAGGACCUGGAAAGACUCUGUGAAUUUUUGCUUUAACCUCUUAAACACCGGGUUUGUUUCUCAAAUAGUUCCAGAACUAUUAACCUGGGAAACGAUGCUCUCGCAGCAGACAAGGGUGCUCAGCUUUGUCUCCAAACAGCUGGCUGUGAUUUCCAUCUCCAGCCCGACCCAGCACAGGACAGUACUGUCAGUAUCAUAGUUCCUUCUCACCCACUUCCAAAACUAUCCCAGGACCUCAGAGCUUAACAUCUACCAGGCUCACUAAAGAUGAACUGUGUUGGCUCCAGCAGACCCUGUUUUUUCCAGAUCCCCUAAAAAACAAUUCUUUCACAGGAAAUCAUCAAGUACACAUUUCUGGUGAGGUUUGUAUGGGGUGUGACACAGGACAGGGAGCCACCAAAUCCCCUUCCCCUUGGCUUAGGGCAAGAAGCAGCUGCUGUGCUGCCCGGUCCCAGCAGAGACGGGGAGGAGCAGUGCCACCACUUUGUCCUCCAGGCACCUUGCCUGGGGCAGCACUCGCACCCUGGGCACAGCCACAUGCCUGUUCAGCACAAGAGUGUGGGGUACAGCCCCCCACACUGCCACAGCCCUCCAAGCUGGCUCCCCAAACACCCAACCUCCCAGGACUCAUUGCUCACCUCCUGGAUCCCAUCUGGCCC